GGGAGGUAAUCCACAGCACGCGCCGGCCAAAACCCUAGCGCGCGCGGAAGGAGCUCAAGCCCCAUGGCGGCCUUCACCACCACCACCACCUUCCCCGCCGCGCUGGGGGCGCCGACGCCGUGCCGCCCAGCCGCCGGCGUCGUCGCGCGCUCCCGGUGGACGCCGCUCCGCCGCUCGCCGCCGGCCGCGGGGCUCCGGCGAGCAGCCGCGCGCCGGGGAGCCACGCUCCUGGUCAAAGCGAAGAAGGAAACAUUUUCUUCAUUUGAUGAGUUACUGGAGAAGUCUGAAAAGCCUUUACUAGUCGACUUCUAUGCAACCUGGUGUGGUCCAUGCCAAUACAUGGUUCCCAUACUUGAAGAAGUAGGUGAGAAGUUGAAUGACAAGAUUCAGGUUGUGAAAAUUGAUACAGAGAAAUACACAAGCAUCGCAAAUCGCUACAAAAUUGAAGCAUUACCAACUUUGAUCAUCUUUAAAAAUGGGGAACCUUGUUAUCGCUUUGAGGGAGCAUUGCCUGCUGAUCAGCUAAUCCUACAGAUUGAGAGUGCUUUGGAGGUCCCAAAGUAGCAUGUGGUGGAAUAGGAAAAAAAAAUCUUGAAAUGUAUGCUGCUACUCACAACAUGUCAUUUCUCUGUUUGAAUAUUCUUACUACAGAGCAUUCAUUAUUAUUUAUUGUUCAAGAGGUUUUACCUGAGUUACAGAAUGAAUAGAAAUCUCCUUCAAAGCUAA